GAGAGAACGAGGCGGCGCCUAGAGAGCAGCCACUGGGGAGGGAGGAGAGCCGGGUCCGGACUUCGGUGUGUGACAGGAGGGAGGAGACCACCAGCAGCAGCAGCAGUGUGUGUGACAGGAGAGAGUGGGACUGAGUACAAUUACAGCAGCAGCCUGGCCACAUCUGACAGCAGCAGAAGAGGCAGCGUGGUGUGACGGGGGCAGCAGCAGCACAUGUCACAUCGGAUGCGGGCACCGCCGCCAUGUACCCCGGCUCCUCUCCUGCAGCAUGCCCGGGCUGUGGCGGAAAGUCGCUGAGUGCCCCGCUGCCUGCCGCCCGCUGUGUGACCGUGUGAGGGAGAGCUGCGUACCCCGGCCGGCUGUUGUGCCCCCUCUGUGCCAUGCAUACCCAGUGCGCCAUGCAGCCGGGCACACACGCCCGCCGCCGCUGCUACUACAGGUAACCCAGGAGGCGGCACCGGGCACACUGACAGCAGGGAUCCGCCAGCACCGUGCGCACACCAUGUACCUGCGCGCUGACCUGUAGGUGCCGGCCACAGACACGCUGCAGACUGACGCCACAGCACCCGGUGGAUGCAAGGUGACCCGGACGGGUGUCUGCUGGGAAUGGGCGGACGGCAAAGCAGCAGCCCGGCCUCGGACGGUCGGACACGGGCGUACUCAGGCUCGGACAUCCCUUCUCACACGGGCCGGGGGCCCAUCAGGGGCCCUGGGGUGGUGACUGCCUCCUCCUCCUCCCCCUUGGCCAGGUACCCGUACAUCCACGGUGGGCACCCGGCGGCGGCUGGAGGUGGCGCUGGGGCAGCGGAGCACACACCGCCAGCUUUGGGCUCCCGGAGCCGGUCUGUAGGGGGGAUCCGCAGCCAGGCCCAGCAUAGUCAGGCCGGUCUCAGCAUACCGGGAGCAGCCAGGGACUCCGGCAGCAGCACACCGGAGGAGGGAGGCAGGGAGCGGGCACCCGCUGGAGGAGGCUCCCGGCUACUGAUCGGAUCGCUGCCCUCUCACCUCUCCCCGCACCUCUUUGGGGGAUUUAAGUGCCCAGUCUGCUCAAAGUUCAUUCCCACAGAUGAAAUGGAUUUGCAUCUCGUGAUGUGCUUAACAAAGCCAAGAAUAACCUAUAAUGAGGAUGUACUCAGUAAAGAUGCAGGAGAAUGUACCAUCUGUCUGGAAGAGCUACAACAAGGGGACACUAUAGCAAGAUUACCUUGUUUAUGUAUAUAUCACAAAGGGUGCAUAGAUGAAUGGUUUGAAGUGAAUCGGUCAUGUCCUGAGCACCCUUCAGACUAGUCACCUGUUGACCUGUAUGAAAGCUUUAUCUCCCUCCUUGUAUGAACUGAUUAACCUGAGGAACAAUCUUCUGCGGAUUUCCUGAAUGGGGCAAUUUAUAAGUCUCCCCGCCUUAGAUCUUUAUGUCGACUGGACCCUCUAAUGAUGAAUGAAUACAGUUGCUUUCCUCAGAGAUCAGUGUGCCAAAUAUUUAAUAUACGGACACACACAGGGAUAUCCAAAUGCUGCACAUAUGAUUUAAGAAAAAGAGAACACAAUUGUGCCCCACCAUUUAUUUUAAAGAACAUUGUAUAAUGUAGGCCAAAGUUAACUUUUCCCUGCGUUAAUGUUUUAUAAGAUGUAUACAGCCGGGAGCCAAUAAACUUUUUUUUCUUAAGGGAAUUCAACCAUAAGAUUGUGGACUGGACUGAGAUAAGGACAUCUCUAAAAAAAAGAAAAAAUCUUUUAUUCUUGAUAAAUAUAUUUUUUUCUUUUUAGAUGCCAAACUGAAAAUCAAAACGGUUUAUGGUACAUACCCAAUUUUUGUACUUUGACAAAAAUGUGAAAUUGUACAAGUGUUUUUGCUUUUAGUAUACUGUAGGAUUUCCAUAUCCACCAUUUUCUGGUGUCUGCUCAGUGUCUACAUACAGUACAAGGACUUUCACUGGUUGCCUCCUGUGGGUUCUGACUAUAGUAAAACAUAUCUUUUUACCACUUAACCCUUUCAUCUCAGAGAACCUCUUAUUAUGAGCAUAACCUGCAUCUUUUGACUUGUACAGCAUACUGAAUGCAGUCAGGGAACAUAAGCCAUCAAAGUGCCAUUAAAUAUGAAGCAGUUGGCCUGUUUACAUAAGUCAGGAAAAUAAUUAAAACAUGAUUGCCAUAUGCCAGUAAUUUCCAGAGACAAUUCCAAGAUUUAUAGAUUUUCUCUGUUGUAAUGUCCCUGUUUUCAAUAUUGAUCAUCUGCAAAAAAAAUGUGGAAUGCAAUCCUUACAGUGAAUUAUUUUUCUCUGGGCUUUAUAAAGUAAUAUUUAUUGAGAAGCUACAAAUGCAAAAGGCAUGGUAUAAUUCAAUGUAAACUGGUCACAAGACAAACUGUUAGCUUAGACUUUGUUGUGUGUGAUGAGAUGCAUCAUCAUACCCCCCAACUGUACCUUUUUGGGCGGUACAGUGCCGUUUUUUUAUGGUCUGUACCAGCCAAAAGGGGCCUUGUACCAAUUUCAGUGUCUCCCAUGUCCUAUAGAUUUCUAUGGCAAAGCUGCAUGGCCAUGCCGCCUUUACCCGUGGCCACACCCCUUUUCCGAAUUUGCAUCGAUUUUUGUUGUAGUAUGUUGGAGGGUGUGCAUCAUGUUACUCGAAACUAUUAGUAAAUGUUGGUAUCUAUGCUUACAUGUUACUAUUCUUCUUCCCUGGGGCCACUUCAUGUACGCAUUUUACCUAAGGGUGCCAUGGUUUGUGUAAUACAAAAAUAGCAAAACAAUUAAGUUCACAACUUUAAAAUGGCUUUGGGGGGGACGGGUGGGUGGGAAGAUCAGUCAGAUACCACAGUCUUUUGUAAUUCUUAUCUCUCAUUGGUCCUCCCGUUUUCCCUACAGUGCCUUAAAGCCCUGGUUUUUCGGCCAGGACUUUGAGACAAACCAUGGAACUGUAGCAUGAAGCAGGUCCUGGGGUUAAGGGAGUGAAAGGUGCAGGUUAGUAACUUUUAAGAUUAAAAGGGUAAUGCGGCUUUAAAUAUAGUAUGUAAUAUAUAAAUAUACUUUAAUAAAGAUGAAGUUGUACAUUUAAUACAUCGGUAAAGUAUCAAUAUGAAAAUGCUAAAUAAUCUAAUAUAUAUAUAUAUAUAUAUAUAUACAGUUGCUGAAAAUUUGGCAGUAGAGUGAUUCUUUUAAGCCCAGGAGUGCCACAUCUUCUCGUGGACCAUAUACGACAUUAUCAUUGUGCGGACACCCGGCAGAUACUGUACGGAGUUGGGAGAGCCGGACCACACGUAAAUAAAUAUAUAUAUAUAUAUAUAUAUAUUCAUCAUGAAGUGCAUGCCACAUACAUGAGAAGGAAAGUGUCACUUUCACAGAUAAACCUUAGAUAUGUGUAUGCCAACGAUUUGUAAAUGAAAUAUAAUAUUACAAUACAUUUAAUUAUUGUUAAUGAAAGGUGAAGAUUAAGACCCAACAUCUAAAUAACAUUAUUAUUUUUAUAAUCAAGUAUUCAGUAUUGGCCAUCUGGUAAUAUUUAUUACAAUUUUUAAUAAGAUGUGCUAAUAACAGGUGCCAAAUUGGAGCAAAUACAAAGCAAUUAAUUCAAUAUUUCUGUAGAGAAGUGCUCAUAACCUGAUUUGCCUAAUAUAAUAUUACAAUAUGUGAUAACUUUGGUUUAUUUCAGAAGUAUUCUUUUAAUUUAAUAAUAUUAUUGUUAUAUUCUAUUAGUAGUGUGAAAAUAAAUUUGCCAAAAGAGAAUCUUAAAGUUCUACAGUGAGAUAACUUAAAUAAAUUUACUGUAGUUAAGUAACAAUCAAGUAAAAUGUUGAGUAAUAAAUACUUUUGAAUUAUAUAUAUUUGAAGUAGUGGACACUGGGGUGUUCCUGACCACUUUGUUGCUUUAGGUGGAAAAUACAAUGGAUUGGUCCGGCCUAACCACACAGGCAAACCAAAUAUAAACAUUUGGAACUGUGAAGUACACUUUGGGAAAACGUUCAUCUAACAGAUUAUUGCCCAUAGAGAUGCCUCUAAUUAAUACAUGUAUAAAAAAAGUAAGAGCGUUUGGUUGUGAUUGGGUUAUACCCGUUCCUUUGGGUUAUUUGGGUUAUUUUGCAUACUUUUUGUAGUUUACCUUUCUAUCAAACCAGACUUCUUAAUAGAUUGUUCAAGGUCUGCUUUAUUCAAAUAUAAAUUGUUCUGCCAUUUUAGACUUCUGAGAAAAGAUUACAAUCCCCUUAUGAACGUUGCCUGUAUGCUGCCCAUGAAAUGUAGCUACAACGUUUUUUUUCUAAGCACUGCCUACAGUAGGGUUGGCCAAAUACGGUCCUAAAGGACAGAUUGCAGUUCAUUAGAUUGUGUCAGUCAGGACCUUAUAUUUUAAAAUGUAUCUGAGUAACUAACAUACCUGUUCACCAUCUAGGUGGUCUUCAGUACUGACCUUGCCCUCCCUAGUGUUCAUAUGGCUCACUUCCAUCCCCCUCAUUUCAGUAACUAAUAGAAUUCAAGGGACAAAAAGUCUGUGACUAGUGAAUCCUGUUUUGUCAAUUUUAGAUCAUUUCUUCCUAUUGAAAUUCCUAAUUUUACUUUUGGGCAGGCUUAACCCCUGUCUAUUCCCCGCUUAAAAAUCUGUGCAUCCCCCAGCAAAUGAAAGAAACAAUACUUUUUUGCCUAGUCAACUCCUCUUUAACUUAUUUAGGUAUUAGGUUUGAAAAGCUAUAAGUUUGUUUUUGUGGCUUUGUAAUCUGCACUGGGUAGAGAAUAAACUUCCUUCUACACAGACAACUGCCAAUGUAUAUCUGCAAAGGCACCAUGUGUACUUUAUAACUACAGUAUGUGAUCAUUCCAUUUGUUCAAAAGGAAGUGAAUAAUCUUUUAACCGUUUGGUCUGCUUACAAAAGUAGGGAAAACAUAUGCUUUAACAUGAAGAUAAGACAUUGUACUUAAAUGUACAGUAUUUUCUUUUGUUUGUAUAUUUUCUUUUUCAAUGUAAGGUUUCCAAGUACUUCCAUUAAUGCAAUAAUAUUGUUGACCUUAGAGGUGUAGAAUUAUUACAUAUUUUAGCUUGUUAUAGGCCCAUAGUGCCCCUCAAUACAGUAAAAAGCUUUGAAUCAUUUGAACUGUUUUUGACUGUGUUUGCUAUAUAACACCUUGAAGAAAUGGAUUUCAGGAAGCUGCGAGCAGUAAUGUGAGCAUCUGCGGCAUUCCUGGCUAAUCGGAUCUAUAAUUGAAUUGUUCCGUCAGGUGCCCAUUAAUUAACACAGUGUGUAAACAAUUGAAUUCCCCUACAGGAACUGUUGCAAAACUGAAAAAUUCGUAAAAAUGAAAAGUUUAAGGGACAUUAUAAUAAAGGUGUAUGUUUUUAAUAAUCGGUGAUUGCUUCAAAGAAAUGUAGGCAUUUGAAGCUGUUUUAUAGACAGACAUAGCCUUAUAUAGAAAAAAGACUGUCCUCAAUAUGCAGAGAGCACUGACAAACUAUAGAUUUAAUCCAAAGGAGAAGUGCUGGUGGCUCUGCGUCUCCUGGUUUGCUUUUACACAGUGCAGCAGUGAACUUGCAUCUAACCUAUUACUCCUUGUGAAACGGCCUUGGAUACUUCAAUGCAUUGCAAUGCAGCCGUGUUUUAAUUGGCUUACAUGGAGCAGGGCAAGCCAGUACAGCUACUUUACAUAUAUUGCAAUUAGUUUAAAGUGGACAAACCCACUGUUGCAUAGUAAAGUAUGCAAAUGGAAUAUAAUAAUUUAUUUUUGUGAUCUAUAUUGUUCAUAUAAUCAACUGAAAGUACUAAAGUGCAUAUGGUAAUAUGGCGUAAGAUCUGCUUAGUUUUACUCUUGUAAGUUCGAAUCACUUACGAAGUACAGGCAAGCUCUAAAACUCAGGGAUGAAAGGGUUAAUGCAAGUGGGUGUCCUUUGUGUUACAGGUUCUGAACAAGAAAAUCAAGGCACCAUAAUGUUGCAGCUAUGCAAUUUUUUUUAGAUUUUUUUUAAUUUUUUUUUUUUUUUAAAUUAGUAAAUAUUCUUUUACUUUACGGGUAAUUAAUAUCAGCCAUUAUGGUACACAAAGUAUGCUGUAAUUAAUGUUUUGUAUAUAUGUUAUUGUUAAAGUGAAUGUUUAUCCAUUUUCAAUAGACUACGGUGAAAGUUAGGAAAGAAAGGAAAUUCUGUGUUGGGUCUGUUUACCAGUGUCAUAAAAUCUAUCAAAGCAGAGAUAACUGUUGGGUUCAUUUUUGUAUCAUGUUCAAAUGGUUCAUUUUUGUAUCACUUUAUAAUUCAACACGUUUAAGUACUUUGUAAAACAGUUUGGUUUGGAGAGUAGUUAACUGCAAUAAUGACUUCAACUUUAUGAGGGUUGGUUAUCAUCCCGUGCCUGAUUUAGCCCUAUAGGCUCUAGGCAAUAUUAGUCUAGGUCCCCGUCUCCCAUAGUGUUUGUCCAAUUAGAGUAAUCUGGGCCCCCCAAUGCCCACUGGGCCCUCAUGGAUGGAUCAAGCAUUGUAUCAUGUAUAGACCCAUCUUCAUAAUUAAAAAGAAAAAGUAGCCAUGCAACAGCUGUAAUAAUAAUAAUAAUAAUAAUACUACUACUACAAUAAGAGGCCCUUCUGUUCUUUUAACUGGCAAUUGGUUUAGUCUUGGGCACGAAUAGUUCCUGUGGAUACUUGUAAGUAUAUUACAGAAAAUAAACUGUUCUUAAAAUAUGCAGAACUGUAGUGAUUCAUCCCCUUUGAAACAUUGUGUAGGUUUUAUUGUAACUGCUAGAUAUGUUUACCAUGAUAUAAUCUGGAUCAUCAUAGCACAUUAUAGUAUAAUGUUUUUGAUGCAUUGUACACAAUUACCCUUCUGGAAUUGGCAGUUGCAGAGAUAAUACAAACAGUAUACCCUAUGGGGAGGCGAUCACGAGACCGCCUGUUGGGAUGCCGACGACAGAAUCCUGACAGACUGUGUAAUGCCGCCACCGAAAUACAGACGCCACAGGCUUUUCUCCCUCUAUGGGUGCCCACGACACCCAUGGAGGGAGAAUAUAACCUGUGGCGAGCGCAGCAAGCUAUCGUGCCCGCAGUAUGGCGAGCACAGCAAGCCCGCAAGCACUCGCCCUGCUGCCGGCAUACUGGUGGCCGGGAUCCCGCUGUCGGGAUCAUGACAGCCGGGAUCUCGGUCAUCGGUAAAAAAGGAUGUAUUCCACCCUAUGCACCCAGCCAAAUCCCUAAACACUAGGCCAUUUUGUUACAAAAAUAUGAUUCUCUCCUGUAAGAAAUAAGAUUUUUACAGAGUGUACUGGUGUUGUUUUUAUGGGAGCAGUGAACCUAUGACUCCACCAUUACUGGAAGACUUGGCAUGUAUGCAUACUGGAAGUUACUUGUCUGUCCCUGUGUACAAUGAAGUGCCUGAUUUUGAGGUGGGGGUAUAGCAAAAAAGGAGCAAGUAACUGUGCUCCUGGCCAAACCAUGUAACAAUGCAAGGGGUGCACAUACAUUUUAUUUGCAUGCAGAGUAGCUAUUGGCUGCUAUUGCAAGUAGCGCACAAAUGCUGGACAACUUUAUUUUUACACUGCUAUGUAGAUUUCAGUUUGGACACGCUCCUCACACAUCUAAAUCUCUCUGCACACGUUACAUCUGCCCCACCUGCAGUGCAGCAUGGUUUUAUCAAGGUGCACAGUGACUUGCUCAUUUUUGCAUUACUCCCGCCUCAGAAUCCAGCCCGAAGUGUCAUGUGCUGAUCAAGGUGCCUAAGAUACUGUACAUUAGGUUCCACUCUAUUUCAAUAUGAAGCAGAGCUGUCAAUCUGGACCUCAAUAUGUAAUGGCUGUACUUUGCUUAAUAGAUUUGCUUUUAAUGAAAGAUGCAUGAGCUGAAGUAUAAGGCUGAACAACACUGGUUUUUCACAAUGGUCAGACUCAGUAGAAACCUAUACAGCAGGCAUGUUGAAACUGCGGCCCUCCAGCUGUUGAGAAACUACACAUCCCAGAAUGCCCUGACACAGCUUUAGCAUUCUCUGACAGCAAAACUGUGUCAAGGCAUGCUGGGAUAUGUAGUUUCUCAACAGCUGGAGGGCCGCAGUUUGGACAUGCCUGCUAUACAGUAACAACCAAGUCCUUAUUUACUGAAAUAUUAUUUUGCAGAACACAAGUUUACACUUCUAGGAGUUACAAUAAAUGAUAAUUGAAUUAUGUAGGCCCCUUCUGCUUCAUGGUAAUACGCAAACUACAGUUAAGUCCAAUAUUAAGUAACUUUUUUUCUUCGUUGAAGAAUUCUAAUUUCAGACAAAUCUUAACGUAAGGAUUUAGAACACGCUAACAUAUUUGUCCUGUAUAGUGGAGAUUAGUUUCUUUAAGCGCAGAUCUGUUUUCUAUGUCAUUUUCUUUACACAAUGGACAUAUGAUGGCUCAUCGUGGCUUAAUAUCCAUACUAAUAAAAAUAAACUUUCCAUUCAAGUUGUAUGUAACUGUUAAAUUAUUGUAAUGAUUUCUAAAAGUGUUGCAACUGCAGAGUACAGGCAAAAGAAUGAUGUCAAUGACAGGAUUCUUAUUUCAGUGUGUGAAAUGAAUUUAAUAAAAUACUGUGAUUUGUGCCGGUUUGAUGCCGGACUUUUCAGUUUCUAAAA